AUGUCUAAUGAUAGACUGUUUCUUGGUCAUUAUUUCUUAUUACUCCCUCAUGAUAUCAUAGUCGAGAUCAUAUUGUUAACACCUAGUGGUUUAACAUAUUUCUUAUUACACUCGGAAACUCUUAAACCAAUCCUCAAACAACUUUUAGAUCAUCAUAUAAUAACUUGUGAAAAAAAUGGAAAAAUGACAAUGGGAUUCAAGGUAAAUAAACCCUAUAUACCAUUCAUUACCAAUAAGCCAGAAUUUGCUUUUACCAUGCCUUCAAUAUUCCCGUUUAACGAAAAAAUACGUCAAUAUUUCCCAUAUAAAAUUUUUCAUAUUGAAGGACACAUUAAUCAAUUAAAAAGGUAUGGUUAUUUUAAAAUGAAAAGACUUAGAGUUUCAGUUUGUAUUGAAUUUGGUUCUCCAUUACAAGCGAAACUGUUGGAGUGCUUUUACGCACCAGGUUUGGAAUAUUUUGAAAUUUAUAUAUACUCAAAGUCAAAGUUUCUAGCAUUAACUUUCAUAAUCAAAACUGAGUCUCAUUUAGCUAGCUUAAAAGAGUUUGGUGAGAGUUUAGGAAAGAUUGAAGACUGGAAAAAAUUGUUUAAAAGAAUUCCUAAGUAUGUACCUUGCCAGUCAAUGAAGUGUGGAAUAAUAAAAAACGAAGCUUAUAUUGACAAAUACAUAGACAGUGAACUUUCCACCAAUAAAAUAUUAAGUCAUUUGAACCGUUGUGCUUUAAGAACAUUUCAUAAUAAUGAUUUUGGAACUUUAGGGUAUAUACCAGAAGCAUUAUUGAUUUUUUCAUUUGAGGGAAGUAAAUUUAACAUUUCUCCAAAUUUUAAUUGGCCUCCAGCGUUACACUAUAUUUCAAUUUAUAAUUCAUCAAUGGAUGAUAAAACUCUUUCUCGCUUAUCAAGUUGGCCUUCACAUUUACAAUCAUUGUUAUUGGUUAAUAAUAGGUUUCUGAAGUUUAGCAGUAUACUCAAUUUACUGACUAAUUUAGAUAUAUUAUGUAUUGCUGCUGGAGUUAUUGAAAGUGAAGAUUCUGAUAACAUUAAAUUCGGCGCAAAUUCUCUAAUUCGUUUCGAUGUUAAAAAUUUUGCUUCAUGCUUGGAUUGUCUCUUUCCUGAUUCUUUAUCAGCUCUUUUUUUGGAUGGAAUAUCAUUUAAUGACGAUCUUAAUUACAUCAUUAAACUCCCAUCAAAAUUAAGAGAUUUGGCUUUAUCAAGAAGCGUGAUAUCUUUAAGUCAAUUCAUAUUUCCAAGGUCAUUAACAAAUAUAGACUUAACAGAUAAUAAAUUAGUGAGUUUGUCGGACUAUGAUAAUAUAAUGUUAGAUAAGAGUUGGCAACAACUAACAAAUUUAAAAGAGUUGAUUUUGGGUAGAAACAAACUAAGUUCAGAUGCGUUGAAAAAUUGGUUACCACCUAUCAACUUGCAAGUUUUGGAAUUGAAUUCAAAUCAAAUUGAUAAUUUGGAUAUUCCAAUUUUUAAAGAAAGAAUGAAACAACAAACUUGCAAUCUAAGAAAAAUCAAUCUUGCCCAAUGUAAAAUUGUGGAAAUUCCAGUUGACUUUUAUUUGCCAGAGAAUUUAUGUUCAUUGGAUUUAACAGGUAAUCCAUUGAAGUCCAUUCCUAUGCAAGGACCUAUUUCCCAUGAUACUUCAUACGUAAGUAUUAUUAUUGGAAAUUCAAUUAUAAAGGUAUAUAAAUGA